GCGGAAGUAGUCAAAAACUCCCAGACUAUACUUCCGGUCUACAUUUUGUAAACACAAGAAUUUAGGACACGAAAAUAACUCGCCCGAGCUCUUCAAAUUAGUGUCACCAGAUAGAUUUUCCUUUGUUCGAAAACAGCGCUGAGAGUUUCUUUCGUGACGUGACGUGGAAUUUUGGCCACAAUUUUUUUGUUGUUGUUGUUGCAAAGACGCCGAAGGAAGGAGAAAACAAGCUAGUUGCGUCGUCGAGUUUGCGUGUGUGUGCGCGUAUGUCGCUCAUGCUGCUAUCACUUCGAUGGGGAACUGCCUGUUUUCUCAAGGAGCGGAUGAUUUGUCUCUGCUGAACGAGUCUGAGGUGGGCAGCCUGCCCGGAGAACCGCCGCCGCCCUACCAGGAGCGCCCGCAGCCCGUGCCCGUGUACCAUCCCACCCCCGGGGAGAGUCGCUUGGCCAGUCAGCUGAGCGAGGAGGAGCAGGUGCGCAUCGCCCAGCGUAUCGGCCUCAUCCAUCACCUGCCCAGAGGCAUCUUUGAUCCAGGCUCCAACCCCUCCGACCACAAAGUCAAAGAGUGUGUGAUCUGCAUGAUGGACUUUGAGUACGGCGACCCCAUCCGGUUCCUGCCGUGCCUGCACAUCUACCACUUGGACUGCAUCGACACCUGGCUCAUGCGCUCCUUUACCUGCCCGUCCUGCAUGGAGCCCGUGGACGCCGCUCUGCUCGCCACCUACGAAGCCAACUGAGCCCCGCCCACAAGUAAUCCCCAGGCUUGGCUCCAAGUAACUGUCUCUUGUUAGGCCAAUCUGUCCUAGCUGCUGUGCACAGGUAGCCCAGGCCGUGCGGCUUUGUGCUCAUGUUCUUGAAUUGCUUACAUGCAUAGAAAUUGUACAUUAAAGUAAUUGCUUGGAUCUGAUUGGUCGGUAAAACCUUUGAUGUUUUUUUUUGUUUGUUUGUUUCCAACGGGGCAGUGUGCCAAUUUGAACUCGAAGAAAGAAAACUACAUGUAGCAACAGAUUUUCCCAGAAAUAAUUUCACUUUAAUAUAGCCUCAAAAAUGUAUGGUAUUUAUAUUUUAGGUUUAAUUAUGCGGCAGUGAGGUGUCGCUAAUGUCACUGAACAGUCUUUGAAAUGUGCAAUACGAAACAUCAACAGAAAGACUGCAGGUACAGUAGUCAUGAUUUAAGAUUCAAGAGGAAGAGAGUUUUUCUUCAUAUCCUCCGCGGGAUGAAUUAAUUCAUGGAUUAUUAAUGCGAUAAUAGAAAAGUGUUGGAAUCACUUACACGAACAUGAAGUGUGCCGAGAUGCUUUUUUCUUUAGAACAUGCAGACCAUCCCAUGACUGUGUCAUUAUCACAGUAAAAUAAUAUUAAUAAUAAUAUGGCACCAUUUCAUUGUUUCAAUAUAUGAAAGGAGUGUCAAAAACAUUUUUUCAAAGCACAAUUCUAAUUAUAUUCUUGUAAUAUUUUUUGGAGAAUGUAAUUAGUUACUUUUUCUCUUAAUAUCACAUUUUUCUCAUAAUUUGUUUUGCACCAUGACAACUUUAAUUCCAAAUAUUACAACUUUAUUCACGCCAUAUUUCGAUUUGUAAGUGCAAAACGUUUCUUUUGUCAGAAGAUGUCAUCUUCUUGCAAUGUCUGUCAUAUCCCCCCACCCCCAUCAAAAUAGAAAUUUCUUUUUGAAGUUAAUGUGACUUAUUUCUGAAUAUUCCAACUUCAUUGUCACAACAUUACAACUUUAUUCUUACCAAAUUAUUUCAACUUUAUUUUCCCAGUUCGUUUCAGUGUGGCCCUAAUACUUCUUUAUACAAAAUGAAUUGGGUGGGUUAGUUUAUAUUGCAAAUAUUUUGUUGUUUUUUUUUUUUGAAUAUAAAUCUUCACAUGUAGUUUUCUUAUAGAGGGCUAUGAGUUAAGGAAUAUGCUCCUUUUUUAUGAUGUUUGACUGUUUAGUUGAUGGCCUUCAUACUGCAAGUGAUGCAUUUCCAUCAAGCUCUUGUUUGUAUGCUUGUUGCCAGCAGUAGAGUUGAAUGUAUCUAUCAGCAACUAACAAGUGACGUUUUCAGUUAGCCCAAGCUGCUGUGCCUUGUAAGGUUGAAGGAAGUGAAGUACAAUCAUGUCGAUGGUGUUCUUCCAAUUUGUAGUCGUCCACUAGGGAGAGCCAGACACCAGCACACUUGUCAUUUGCGUCACUUGUUAGGUUUUUCUUUUCUUUUCUUUUCUUUCCCACCCUGCUGCCUGCUGCUGCUCAGUCAUCUGUGUUAAUUUAUGUGCAAUCCACGAAUGUGUAGGAAAAGUUAUCUAACCAUCAUUAAAGCAUAGAAUGUUUCAAAC